CACGUCAGUUGUAAUGAUUCACGAUGGCCAAUAUUCGACUAUAAAAGCAGCCGUAUUUGCGAGUGAAUGUCACAGAUAUUUUCUGAUCUUCAAACAGUUUAAUACACUCGCUGAACAUCUUCAUCAUGAACUUUAAGGUAUUGAGCAUUUUGGCUAUGGUGGCCAUGGUCGUCUUCACGACAACAGCCAAUCCAGCAGCACCGGAGGAUCAUGCUUCCGAAACUUUGGUCCAAAAAUCUGAACACGCUUCGGAGGAUCAUCACGCUUCGGAGGAUCAUCACGCUUCGGAGGAUCAUCACGCUGCUGCUGGAAAAUCCGCUGCCGCCCACUCUCACCACGUCAAAAGGGUAAAGGACGGAAAGAAACAUCACGUGCCCAUCAAUAACAGACGCCCCCGUGAAGCGAAAGCUGCCACCAAGGAGCACAAGAAAGGAGCCAUCGCAACAAAAGAGGGAACCAUCAAAGCCGGAGCCACCGCACCGAUCCAGGCACCACAGCAUGCCCCAGCUGUGGGCGCUGCAAGUUUGGCCAAUAAGCAGCCUAGCGCUAGGAAGCCCGGUAAACCUUUUAUCGGCUAAUCCAGCGCUCAAGUUCUUGAAAUGUUGUCACCGUCGAACCCGGCCUUCCUCCUCUGACCAUCCACUUUUCAUUUGUAUUUCUUCUUGUGUUGAGCGUGUUAAAAGCUAACCAGUUUUGCUAAAUACGACAACAAAUUACUGCAGAUUA